AGUUGCUCUAAGAGGAAAUACACUCAUUUCUGUUCUAUUGAGUGCGAGCCAGUCCUUCGCUGUGGUGUUGCCUUUUUGAGACAGAGCAAAGACGUAAACAGACUGGAUUUACAUGGACAGCUCCGCGCCACAGGUAGCAGAACAGACAUUAAUUCAUCAAGUUGAAGAUGUCUGGCAGAUUUUUUUUCUAUGAAAGCUUCCUGACAGCGUUUCGAGUUUGGCCUGUUGAGGACUCGGCACCAUCAAAUACAUGCCAGUAGAGGGCACAAUCUGACAAAAUAUUGUUUAAUUAAGGUUUGUCUUGGCAUUAUUAUUGCUCCUGCAUUGAGUUAGUUUUUUUUUUAUUUUAUUUUUUAUUUUAUUCCUAGUGAAAUUGUCUUAGUAAGUCAAGCAAAUAUUCCCUUAGGACUUACUAUUCCUGAUUAAAUUUUUUGUUGAAAAAAACACUUGAAAGGAGUGAACACUGUACUUGUUUUAUAUACAAUUAAAUUUGUGAUAAUUAUCACAAAACUGAACUGCUAUUUAAAUUUGAACUCAUAAAAAUGGUUUUGACCAUUUUAAAUUUGAAAUCUUAAAUCUUAAUGAUUAUUACACACGGGCAUGUAGCCAAACCUGAUCUGCUGCGUUAAACAAGGAAGUUGAUGACAGAAAAAAAAAAAAACAGAUCUGGUUACUCGUGUUUUUAGGUGAGGUUUGACUUGCAAAGGGAGAACUACAGGAAGCAGAGCUGUGAAAGGUCACUUCUACAUGCAAGCGCAGAACAUCGGGGAUUUUAAAAAAUGCUGAAACAACUCUUGGCCUGCUUGUCACUUUUUGCCUUCCUUAGCCUUCUCUUUUACUCUGUAGUGUUAUACUACAAUCAGAAUGUUUAUUAUGGUUUUGCUGCUGUUCAACGCCUUGUUGCAAAUGGAAACCAGACAUUCUCCUGGAAGUUACUAGAUAAUUUAAAGGUGGCUGAGGUCAGUCAUGAAACCACAAGGAUGCCAAUCACCUCAAAAAAGACUUUGGAGCCGUGUCCCGAAUCGCCACCAAAACUUGUGGGGCCUCUGAACGUGGAGUUCAAUACACAACGGACGUUAGAGAGCGUGAAAGCGGAGGCAAGUCCUCUUCAGAUGGGAGGACGGUACAAGCCAUCUGACUGUAUCUCCCAACACAAGGUGGCAAUUAUCAUCCCAUUCCGAAAUCGACAUGAGCACCUGGUGCAUUGGCUUUAUUACUUGCAUCCUAUCUUGAUGCGACAGCAGCUGGACUACGGCGUGUACGUCAUCAACCAGGACGGGGAAGGAAUCUUCAACCGAGCUAAACUGAUGAAUGUCGGAUUUGUAGAAGUACAGAAGGAAUACGAUUACGACUGCUUCGUCUUCUCUGACGUUGACCUGGUGCCUCUCGAUGACCGUAACAUCUACAGAUGCUAUGACAAUCCCAGACAUUUGGCUGUGGCCAUGGACAAGUUCAACUUUCAUCUACCCUACAAUACCUACUUUGGCGGGGUCUCCUCGCUGUCGAAGCAGCAGUUCUCUAAAAUAAAUGGCUGUCCAAACACUUACUGGGGCUGGGGCGGCGAGGACGACGACAUUUACAGGCGCAUCACCUACCGUGGAAUGUCCAUUUCUCGACCAGACGGAGUGACUGGGAAGUACCGGAUGAUCAGGCAUCAAAGAGACAAACACAAUGAGCCUAAUCCAAAGAAUCCUGGAAAACUUAGUAGAACGAGGCAGACCAUGGACAAGGAUGGACUAAAUUCCCUCAGCUACAGCGUCAAGGAGAUCACAAAGGAUUUAUUGUUUACUUUUAUUACUGUGGACAUUCAAGCUCCAGCAAGUUGAUGGAUGUUGUAGAAUAUGGGUGAAAGACAGAGUGUGGUUUCAGGUUCACUGGUGAUCUGUAAAACAUGGCAAAACAUUUAUGAAGCUGGUGUGUGUGAUGGCUGUGAAUGGCUGGUAGCUUUGGUGAAGGGGUAUUUAUGAAAACCAUCUCUGUAUGAAUGUCUCCAGAUUAGCCAUAAAGGGAGCGUGAAAUUUGUGGCUGGAAUUGUGAAAAUUAUAAUAGCCUUCAGAUUAAGCAGAUUUUUUUUUUUUCUAUUUUUUUCAAUGUUAGGAAUGGCAUGACAAAAGAAGCCUAAACAUUUGUCGUUUGUAGCUGUCUGACAAGUUUGUCAGUUCCAUCAGUACCAAAUAGCUUAGGUGCCUAUGUGACGUACAUAAUUGACACAUCUUUGAAACCAAUGAUGUCUGUUGUGUAGCUACAUGCAGGUUGCAAAAUUUAGUCUCUUUGUUUUUCCAAUACAUUCCUCAUUUGCACUUAAUUGUCUUAAUUUACAUCACAAAUAUAAAUUCAUAUUUAAUAAGA